AUGACCGGAAAACCAGUUUACAAACCUGACGAGAUCCGCUUUGCUUUGAGCCUCAUGGAGAAGGAUUUCUACAACGAUGCGAUAUCUAACGCUUUUCGGGAACGAUUCAACCGAGCACUGACAGACAACCAGAUUCGAUAUUUGAGGAACAAAUAUGGCAAGGAUCCUGACUAUGGAGCUCCCCUUUGCAACAAGCAAUCCAAGAAACGAAAAGAACGUCGAUCUGACUCUGGAGCUGGUUCUUCCGCUUCGCCAGGCUCAGAAGGAUCACCGGCUGAAGCCAAGAGAGCUCGCCAAGGGUCUUUCAAAGCUUCAGCAGGACCUUCUCAACAACCCCCAUACCAGUUUGAGUCCCUUCCAACGCAAUCACCAGUCAAAUUCGAAGACAUCAGGUCCCCAGGCCCGUCUUCUGUCCCCUUGUUCCACGCAGCACCAAUGGCUCAGAUGGGAAAUCUUCGUUCACCACCUCCAAAUUCCUACAGCCUCUUCUCGGGAGCACCAGCCCCGACAGGCUUGCGUUCUAUGCCUCUAGCUAACUCUUGGCAGACGCAAGCUAGGGCAGACUUUAAUACCAACUUUUCCCCGAUCAACACUCAUUUUGGUCAACACCAAAUCAAGUCACCAGAACAGGGAAGCCCUGAGGGCUGUAACGCCGCACUAUACCAGACGCCUCAUCAGUCACCCAACACCCAGCUUUCAUAUGCCUCUUAUUUGAGACAGCAACCAAUAGCUAGCUCUCACGCACCAGUCUCAUCUCCGCAGCAGACCAUGGAGAUGCCCCUAUCCAAUUUUUCUCAGCUCUCCGAUUUCGUGUAUCCUCAGCAGGUAUCACACACUGAAGAGUAUACGCAGGAGCAGGAGCAGGAGCCUGAGAUACCCAGACGAGAUGAUAUCGCCCCGAUGUAUUGUGAGGAGUACUUCGAACCAACUCAGCGAGCGGCUGAACAAGGCGAAACGCAACCCACCCAAGAUCAGGAUGAGGAAACUCCAGAGAAGCAAAUCCCACAAGAUCGUAAGCAAUCUGCUGCUUCGGGCGCCUCUCGCGACAGCAAUUAA